UGUAUAUAUAUAUAUAUAUAUAUCCCUUAGUGAAUACUUUUCUUUUUGAGAGUCCCUUUUACAAGGGACUGAAAAAACAAAGUCAUAAAAGAUAAUUACCGAGGCAGGCGAUCUUGUUUCACUCACACACGCGCACACACACACACACACCCCACCCCGCGGGUCAAGGAGGAGUAGUGAGACAACGGAUAUCAAUGCUUAUAACCUAUAGCGCGCCCAAAAAAUAUUAUUAUUAAAAGACCUAGCUACAUCCUUGUAUUUGUUAAAAAUAUAUAUAUCCCUUAGUGAAUACUUUUCUUUGAAUACUACUUUUCUUUUUGAGAGGGGCCCUUUUACAAGCGGCUGAAAAACAAGCCAUAAAAGAUAAUUGCCGAGGCAGGAGGUCUUGUUUCACACACACUCCCACCCCGCGGGUCAAGGAGGAGUGACACAGCAGAUUUCUCAAUGCCUCAAAAAAACAUUAUUAAAUCAUCUAUACGAGGUUUGUUUUUUGUGCAGCCCGCUCCUUGUCAGACCAAAGUAGAGAGUUUUUUCUUCAUUAUUUUUACAGCAGAUUUUUCUCAAUAGACAGAAAAAUGAUCUUGUACUACGCGCACUAAGCAGUCAACAGCCAAUAUUAUUAUCUGUCAUUGCUUGUAACCCCGGUAAAUAAUUUCGUACAUCUCCCCAUAAAAUAAUAAGUUUAUUAAAGCACCCCCCUCUGUGGGAAAGAGUUAUUUUCUCAGUGUCUAGUUUACACCGUGAGGCGUCACAAAAGCAAAACAAAUAUUCACCUCUAAGUCGUAUUUUACCGUCGGAGAAUGUGGAAAAACAGACAACCCUCACAAGAAGGCACCCAAAAAAGGGAAUCGGACACCUCAACUUUCUUUCCCCCUCUCCCGGGCGCGCACACACAAACACACAAAUCAGACAACCGAAGGGUGAGAGAAAACAAAAAAAAAAAACAAUAAAAAACACUCUCUAACUGUCGAUAUUGUCAGGAGAAAGAUGCGAAAAACAGAUGCUAGACGAGGAUAAAAUGAGAGAAGAAACGAGAGGGGGCUCAAAAGAACCGUUAUCUGCUCAGACCCUACUGUGACGGUUCUACCAAUCGCGAGGAAGAGUCCGUGAAUAUUAUGUCAGUAUUCCGUCCAAACAAAGCCGUCGAUCAGAGCGCCAGGGGCAGCUCGCCAGAACUUUUCCUGCCUCACCACGAUUUCUACAACGAUGAUUUCACGCAAGUGGACUACGACGCUAUCGAUAGCACGGUGAGGAGCACCAUAAAUCCGGCCGUUUUCCAAGGCGAUUUAGAAGCCAUCCUCCCCGCAGAACCUCCGCUGCCGAUCGGCGAAAGACCGCGGCGAGAAGACGACGUUAUUUUCGUCUCCGCACACCAGGAGAACUGCAGGAAAAUAAGUUUUAAAACCGAAGCGGUAAUCGAGAAUAUACAGACCCCGCCGCAGCGAAAAGAAGAACAAGAAGACGACGUUAUUUUCGUCACCGCAUACCAGGAGAACUGCAGGAAAAUACCUUUUAAAUCCGAAGCCGAGAUUGAGAAUAUACCCAUUCAAACCCCCGCUACAGACAAUUGGGCGGAGGAGCGAGAGAAUAUACCCAUUCAAAUCCCCGCUACAGAUGAUCGGGCGGAGGAGCGAGAGAAUAUACCCAUUCAAACCCCCGCUACAGACGAUCGGGCGGAGGAGCGAGAGAAUAUACCGACCGAUACAGAAAAUCAGGCGGAGGAACCAUCCAGAGCUCCUCCUCUCAGGAGACUGAGAGCCCGACGGCGACUUCAUAAGAGGAGGAUCCUCGGAGACCUCAGAUUCAUGUACGCCAUAACCGUCCGUGCAUAUGCAUCAAUAUAUCGACACAAGGAUCUGUAAAAGGGAUGCAAAGUAAAAAGCAUACACGUGUAAAAGUCUGUGAAUUAAGAAAUAAAGAAAAUCAUGUCGGAAGAA